AUGGCAAGCCAUUUUCUGCUCUUUUGGCUCUCCUGGUUCGGGUUGACAACAGCCGCUUGGAAUGCAACAAAUGCUACAAACUCUGAUGGUCCCAACAAUGGGUCAGCGCGUUAUCUUCCAUUGUUCGAAAAGCACUCCAACUCGACACCAAAAUUCAUCAAUGUCACUGGAAAAACCGCCAAUCCUUUGAUAAAAGUGCUGCAGGACAAGAACCAACCCAGUCGUAGGAGAGAUCUUCUAGAUCUCUCGAAACGUGAUCUACCCGAAGGAACCUGCGCACCAGGCACUCCAUGCGUGAAUGGGGCGUGUUGCAGUAAGACAGGCAUUUGCGGUUUUGCUCCAGCGCAAUGCGGCUCUGGCAAUUGCAUUUCGAACUGCAAUGCAACUGCCCCCUGCGGUCAAUACGCGAAGAAGGAAGAUCAGCAAUGUCCGCUGAAUGUAUGCUGUUCUGACUACGGAUUCUGCGGCUCUACGGACCUCUUCUGUACAACUACUGGAGAACAUCCAUGCCAAAAGGGAUAUGGAAGUUGCGGUGACUCUCCACGACCAUCUUGCGCUGGGGGAGAUAGUACCUCGGAAAGAACUAUCGGAUAUUAUGAGAGUUGGUCAACCACUCGAGCGUGCGAUAAGAGAUCGCCGGAAGACAUUGACCUGACCCCGUUUACGCAUUUGAAUUUCGCAUUUGCCUUCUUCGACCCUAAAAGCUUUGAGAUGACGCCCAUGAGCUCUGGCGAUUCGGACCUUUACAAACGAUUUACCUCUUUGAAGUUAAAAAAGCCGGCAUUGCAAACUUGGAUAUCAGUAGGAGGCUGGUCUUUCAAUGAUCCGACGAAUGUACCAAAUACACGGACCGCUUUCAGUGACAUGGUUGCGACAUCUAGAAGUCGCCAAGCAUUCAUUUCGAGUCUCGGUCGAUUCAUGCAAACAUACAACUUCGAUGGUGUCGACCUCGACUGGGAGUAUCCCGCCGCGGAUGAUAGAGGCGGCGUAAAGGCGGAUAAGACAAACUUUGUUACAUUCCUGAAAGAACUAAGGUCAGCCUUUGGAAGCCGACACGGGAUCAGCUUGACACUCCCAGCCUCUUACUGGUAUCUCCAAGGGUUCGAUGUAAAGGCUAUCCAGAAUUAUGUCGACUGGAUGAAUAUUAUGAGUUACGAUAUUCACGGAGUCUGGGAUAAAGGCAACAAGCAUACCGGCCCAUAUGUGAAACCUCACACCAAUUUGACCGAAAUCGAAGAGGGCCUUGAUCUGUUAUGGCGAGCUGGGGUUGAUCCAGCUAAGGUUGUCCUCGGUUUGGGUUGGUACGGGCGGUCGUUUACGCUGGCGAAUCCAUCGUGCAACACUCCAAAUGGCGUAUGUACCUUUUCGGAAGGAGGUACUCCAGGAGAGUGCACAAACUCGGCGGGCACCUUAACGAAUGCAGAGAUCAACCGAAUUAUUGCAAAAGGGGGUGUUCAGAAGGGGUUUGAUCGUAAAGCAGCCGUGAAAUGGAUUACCUGGAAUUCCAACCAAUGGAUCAGCUAUGAUGAUGGAGAGACCAUACAGCUGAAGAUAGCUCACGCGAAUAGUCGCUGCCUGGCAGGGAAAAUGAUCUGGGCCGUUGACCAGGACGAUUCGCAGAGCUCCAGCGUCAACGACCUCCUAGGAAUCGGUCCCGCAAAUGGAAUAUCCGCCGACAAAGCGAAAAAGAUCAAAGACCAACUAAAUAAUGCAACGCAGGCGGCCGCAGUAGCAAGCUCCUGCUACUGGACCUUUUGCGGAGGCGAUUGCACACCUGGCUAUUUUCCUGCCACUACCUCCACAGGUCAGAUCGCCGGGGUCCAGCGUGACACUGAAUGUCCUGCGGACAAGCCAACAACCCUUUGCUGUGCCCCGGGAACUAGCAUGGGCAAAUGCCAAUGGGAUGGCUGGCGAGGCGUUGGGCUAUCCUGCGCCCCGGUAUGCACUGACUCUUCGGCGACGAUAGUGGCGCGCAACACAAACUCCAGAGAUCAAGACUGUAACGGCGGGUACCAAGCGUACUGCUGUAGUGGAUUUGUCCCAUCUUCAAAAACCAAUACAGGGAAUCUUGGGCUGAUCGGUCAAGGUGGAGUGAGCAAGCGUGAUCGCCGUGGAGUCCGAGGGGGUUUCCUUGGUGGGAUUCUGGGUGCUACUUUCUGCGCGGAGCUUGUAGCUGCUGCUAACGCAGUUCUGGCCUUCUUUACUGCUGGUCUAUCUCUCCUCGGUAUUCCAGCUGAGUAUGCGGCAUGC